CGACGCACGCGGUUUUUUUUUUCCAGGCUUCUCCAUGUUUAGAGCUGACUAGCGCGCUUUAUAUCAUAUCAUAUAUAUAUUAUAGUAUUUAAUUUAUUACAGAUAGCAGAUUUGGUUUACAGUCAUGGCGGCGGCUCCUGUAAGUGGAAGGAAGAGAAUCCUGAAGGAAGAAGAUAUGACCAAAGUGGAGUUUGAGACCAGUGAAGAGGUUGAUGUUACGCCGACUUUUGAUACGAUGGGCCUGCGGGAGGACCUGCUCCGCGGGAUCUACGCUUACGGUUUUGAGAAACCAUCAGCUAUCCAGCAAAGAGCCAUUAAGCAGAUUAUAAAAGGGAGAGAUGUCAUUGCUCAGUCACAGUCUGGUACUGGUAAAACAGCCACGUUUUGUGUAUCAGUGCUGCAGUGUCUGGAUAUUCAGGUUCGUGAGACCCAGGCGCUAAUUUUGGCUCCAACGAGAGAGUUAGCUGGGCAAAUUCAAAAGGUUCUUCUUGCUCUGGGUGACUACAUGAAUGUCCAGUGCCAUGCCUGUAUCGGUGGCACGAAUGUGGGUGAGGACAUCAGGAAGCUUGACUACGGUCAGCAUGUUGUAGCAGGAACCCCUGGCAGAGUGUUUGAUAUGAUCCGUCGGAGAAGUCUGAGGACACGUGCCAUCAAGAUGCUGGUUCUGGAUGAAGCUGAUGAAAUGCUAAACAAAGGUUUUAAGGAGCAGAUUUAUGAUGUGUACCGAUACCUGCCUCCUGCAACUCAGGUGGUUCUGAUCAGUGCCACGCUGCCACAUGAGAUCCUGGAGAUGACAAACAAAUUCAUGACAGACCCCAUCCGCAUCCUGGUCAAACGUGAUGAGUUAACACUGGAGGGCAUUAAGCAGUUCUUUGUGGCUGUGGAGAGAGAAGAGUGGAAGUUCGACACACUGUGUGACCUCUACGACACGCUGACCAUCACACAAGCGGUCAUCUUCUGCAACACCAAGCGAAAGGUGGACUGGCUGACUGAAAAAAUGAGGGAGGCAAACUUCACUGUGUCCUCGAUGCAUGGAGACAUGCCACAGAAAGAGAGAGAGUCCAUUAUGAAGGAGUUCCGAUCUGGAGCCAGCCGAGUGUUGAUCUCUACAGACGUGUGGGCCAGAGGGUUGGACGUGCCACAGGUCUCUCUGAUUAUCAACUAUGACCUUCCCAACAACAGAGAGUUGUACAUUCACAGAAUUGGACGAUCAGGUCGUUAUGGCCGGAAGGGUGUGGCAAUCAACUUUGUAAAGAACGACGACAUCCGCAUCCUCCGUGAUAUCGAACAGUACUAUUCCACACAGAUUGAUGAAAUGCCAAUGAACGUGGCUGAUCUGAUCUGAAGCGGUUAUGGGAGUGAAAUAGAGGAGCCACUGAACCCGUUUUAUUUGCUUUUUUUUUUAAAUGUGGUUGUUUUGUUUUAUUUAGAUCAAGUUACUUAUUGUUGAUGGAUGGGCUGCUCUCAGUAGAUGUUUGUGAGAUUUACUGUGGGGGUUUUGUAAAUAAAGAAUCUUUUUGUUGGAA